UUAAGAGAUCCCCAUCAUGUUGAUCUCUGGUAAUCCUGGAGCUGGCAAAUCCUAUCUUUCAUCCAGCAUUAUUGCCUUCCUUAAAGACUAAUACUCACAGGGGGUAUAACAUUGCUCACAUGUCUCUAUAGUGUACUUCUUCUUUAAGGAUGAUAACCCCACCAUGAGGUCAUUUCACCAAGCCCUGCAGGAUCUUACCUUUCAGAUCAGCAGUAAUAAUAUAGCAUAUAAGAAGUACCUUGCAGCCAUUAGAGAUCAUGGGAGUAUUAGCACUUUAGAAAGUGUGUGGCAGACCCUUUUUAUCAACUAUUUCUUAAAGAAAGAAUUAAUCAUAAGCAGUGUUUAUCUCCUCUUUAAUAUGGUUAAUGAGGCCUUUGAGGAGGAAAGACUCACCUUUUUGCAGCUUGCUAAGGACAUUCUGGACUCCCUAAAUUGCAGCCAUUUAUAGUUAGUAAUGGUUGGAUAGCUGUAUAUUAGUGACUAGCUAGCUAAAGCGCUCGAAACCAA